UAGGGGCGCCAAGAUGGACGCUCUCCGGGCCCGGGAGCAGCUCCGGAGGCGAUACCUGUUCCCCCCCGACGCCGAGGCGUCGCUGGACGGCGAAGGCUACGCCAGGCAGGGAGCCUCUGCAGCUGUUGAGAAAAAGCAGAAACCUCUUCCAAGACUUAAUGUCCAUUCUGGAUUCUGGAUAUUGGCCUCCAUUGUUGUGACCUAUUAUGCUGAUUUCUUUAAAACUAUUAAAGAAAACUUUCACACUAGUAGCUGGUUUCUCUCUGGCGGCGCCUUGUUGCUUACCAGCUUGGCCAUUGCGUUCUACUGCAUUCUCUACCUGGAGUGGUAUCGCGGGAUUGGAGACUACGACGUCAAGUACCCAGCCUUGAUACCCAUUACAACUGCCACCUUUAUUGUGGCGGGGGUUUGCUUCAACAUUGCUUUAUGGCCUGUGUGGUCAUUUUUCACUCCGCUGCUGUUGUUUACCCAGUUUAUGGGAGUUGUAAUGUUCAUCUCCCUCCUGGGAUGAUUCCUAACGUUGUGUUCACCCGGCAGCUGUUCACCCACUGAACUCAGGUGAAAGGGCCUGAGCCCCCUCCCUUCCGUCUGCUUUAGUCCUGACUAGCCCUGAGAGAGGGCGCCCUGCCCUGCAGAGACCUUGUGGAGACAGCACGUGCACCGUCUGAUGUAAACGAGUUCAUGCAGUAGGCCAUUUUUUUUUAAUUGACAUCCACUUACAUACAAGUGAAUGUUGGCUAGAUUGUUCUUAAGGAUUGGAAAUUUGGAGAAAAUGAACAAUGUUACCCAUUUGGGGGGGAAAAAUUCUGUCAUUUUCUAACUAUUCUGGCUCCCCCAUAAAAAUCUGCUGGCUGACACGUGACCUUUCCCUCGGGUUAUUCAUGGAGUCCCGGCCUCCCCACAGACGCCUGCGGCGCCCCCAGGGCCCGCUGCCCGACUCGGCGGUCUGUGUGUGGGCGCCACGUAGCUCAUCUGUUAAUGGCGUGUGGAUCGAGAGCGCUCACCGUAUGUGCUUAGGGACACGGUGAAAAACAGAGAUAGUCUCUCCCUUCGUGCCACUAGCAACAGAACUUGGAGGAAGUUACUUCAUAUGUUAAGUCACAGGAUGAAAACUGCGUCCAGAGCAGUAAAAAUUAAUACAAUAAGAAAAUUACUGGGGCUAAGGAAACCUGACCUUUCAGCUAACGGACAGCACGCUCUCCCUCUGGAGUCUUUAAGGAAAGUCACUGCAGCCACAAAAGAGGAAACGGACGUCACCUGGGUGUUCCCAGGCUGAAAAGAAUCGCUGGCCCGUCCACGGCUGUGCUGAUGUGCGGAGCCCCUCCACACAAGGGCCUGCGAGGGGUCCCGGGGACCCGGGGCGCCCUUUACCCCGGCGGCUGUGUGCCACCGCAGGAGCAGGCCCUCAGCGGCCGUGUCUCCUGCUUCCCCCGCUCUCCUGGCUGGACGUCUUUGCUCAGUGUUGAGUUUCCACAUGCGCUGGGGAGCUUCCGGCUUACUGCCCACGUGAAUUUGUGGUUAGUGAGGGCGAGCCAGCCAGUGCCGUAGGCUUGUACGCUGAGCCCUGCGUUCUGACAUUGCAUCCGACGGCACAGUGCGAAUUGUCUCACUCGGGGCGUAAAUGCUGGCUCUCUUUUAGGUGCAACGGCAGGGAGGUGUAAAGUGGGGUGAUCAAGCAUCCAGCCGGCCGAAAGUGCAUCCCAAACGUGAAAAGGCCACAGUGUGUUUUUGCAUCUUGAAGUGAGUGGUUUUCUGGGAAAAAUUGUCACUUCAUCGAACUGUGAUUGAAAUCAGAGUAAAUUGUUUCAUUUGCACAUUCUUAAAGUCAAGUGAUUAUUGAAUUUUUCAGAUUCAGCAUAAGAAUAUUCUCUUCAAAAUAGGAAUGGCUGAUUUGCAAUGUUAAUCUGUUUGAAUCAUUGGAGAAAGGACUGGUGUAAAAAUUUAAACGAAGGCUCACGACAGGUGCAUCAUGUGCCCCCGAUACCGUAGGUGGCUUGCUCACUCGUUGCAGGAGCAGCCGUUCGUUGCGGAGGAUGACGACGUGUCCAUGUGCCUUUGACCCAACUUCAGCAGUUCCCUUAGAUCCCAUUUUUAUAAUCUUUUCCUUGACACUUUUCCUUGACAGGUGGGAGGACCAGCAGAACGUAUUGUAUGCAUUCCCUUCACUUUAGAUUUUAUCAUGUAAAUUACGGGGUUUUUAGCAUGUCUAACAUAGGAGCUUUUAAUGAUUUUUAGGUAUGUAUAAUCUU